CGGACAUUGUUGAACUCAAAAAGCCCGCGGAUCUGUGGGAUCGAAAUCAGAAGAAGAAUCCACUUCGUGUUCAUGCUACCUGGCUACUGUUGGGGGCUUUUAAUGAAAAGUGCCCAAAAGCCAGAAAUACACCAAAUGGACUAAAUAGUGUCAUUAUCACGGUUCAUUGCCGCCCCGAUCGACAUUAAUGCUAAUCGAUAUCCCAAGUGGCUGGUUUUUAGGGGCCGGACUUAAUAAUACUGUGCGUAUAUGAUGUAAUGUACUCUUCAAGUUGCAUUGUGCUCCUCAUCAUGCAAUAAGAACUUCUUGGAAAUGUAAAGCUGAAGCUAAGGACUCUCCGAUACUUGAUGUUUGUUUCUAUUAUUAAAGUUUAGUUCGUACUACAUUUGAAUUAGUUUCGGUUAUACGUGAGCGCCACCUAUGAAGUCUCUACAUGAAGCUGUCGGCCGUUUCGACACAACAGUGCUGCCAGACCGAAUUUGCAGAGAUGCCACCAGGUGGUGAUGAUCCACUGGAGCUGCCCACCUGAUUGAACAGAUCAAACAUCUGCAUUUAGUUUUGUUUGUUUAUUGCCGCGCGUUUUGUGCUUCCCCGAAAUCUAUAGACAAACCCGAAGGGCUCCAGAGCACAACCGAGAUGCUGGGGGGCAAUGAGAAGGAGAAGGCCAGGGCUCUGGCCAAGGUGCGACGUUUCCUGAAGGCUCGCCUGCUGCGGGACUACACGACCUUGCACGGCUACAAGGAGGAGCGCUCCAAUGUGCGACAGCUCCUGCAGCGCACCGCGGAAAUGGGCGAGUCCAAUUCCUUGCUGCUCAUUGGCCCUAGGGGCGCGGGAAAGACAACGCUCAUCAACGCUGUGCUCACGGAUCUGGUUGACAACCGGUCCUUUGUCGAAAACACGCUGAUCGUACACCUGGACGGGAACUUGCACACGGACGACCGAGUGGCCCUCAAGUCCAUAACCCUACAGAUGCGGCUGGAGAACGCCGCGGAUGGUAAGGUUUUCGGAUCAUUUGCCGAAAACCUUGCCUUCCUCCUGCAGUGCCUCAAGGCGGGCGGCAGGCAGUCCAAGAGCGUCGUCUUCAUUCUGGAGGAGUUUGACCUGUUCUGCGCACAUCACAACCAGACGCUGCUCUAUAAUCUCUUCGACGUCUCCCAGUCAGCCCAGGCGCCCAUAUGUGUUCUGGGCGUCACUUGCCGCUUGGACGUGAUCGAGCUCCUGGAGAAGAGAGUCAAGUCUCGCUUCUCGCAUCGUCAGGUCUUUUUGUUUCCCAGCUCCGGGCGUUUGGAGGACUACUUAGCCAGAGUCGAGGAACUGCUGUCCUUGCCCGAGAACAAGUCGCUCGAGGCGGCUUCGGAUCGUUUGCGCAGGCUGAGCAGAAUUCAAUCGGAAGCACUAAGUUUGGGACGUAACCAUUUCGACCCAGCAGACGGGGAAGAGAUCGACCCGCCGUUUAGGAAAAACUGGAACACGCAGCUCCACAAAAUGCUGGCCACUCAGCAUGCCCAGCGCAGCCUGCAGAUGCUCUACGACUUCGACAUUAGUGAGGCUUUUCUCCGGAACUUCCUCUUUCGGCUGGUGGCCCAGCUUCGCCCGGAAACACCCCACAUCACAGCCGACCAGCUGAGAACCAUGGCCAAUCAGUACGAGUGCGACGACAAAAUAGAGCUCCUUUGCGGGCUCUCCGUCCUCGAGCUGUGUCUCAUCAUAGCCAUUAAGCACCACUCCGAGAUCAACGACCGAGACCCGUUUAAUUUUGAAAUAAUAUUCGCGCGCCUCUCCAAGUUUGCCAAGGUGUCCUCGACGAUGCAGGGCAUGGAGCGUUCCAUCGUUCUAAAGGCCUUUGAGCACCUUCGCAUCGGCGAGCUGAUCAUGCCCGUUUCGGUUAGCAGCAGCUCCAGCGGAAAGGUGCAGAAGGAGUUUGAGAAGCACAAGCUGGCGCUGACCUACGGCCAGAUCCAACAGGCGGUGCAGCGCUACCAAGCCCUGCCCACGGAAGUAGCUCAGUGGGCCCAGAGCUCGCUGAUCUAGCCCCGAAUAGGUUGUGUCCUAUUUCAUUCCUUAACUUAUUUAUUGUUAACAAAAUAAAGUACAUUUUUAAAGUAA